CUCAAACGACAGCAGCCCUUCACAUUUGACGCAUCAUGAAAAACUUGAUAGUGCUAAAAAUUGUGAUCAUUUACUUUGUGAGCCUGGUGCUAGAAACUUCGAACUUCAAAGUAUUGCGUAUAAAGCCAAAACAGACCAAACAAAGGAUGAUUAUAGUCCAGUGCUGUGGGCAAUUAAGCUGCACACAGCCAGCUAAAAAAGAAGCCAACACGUCUCGCUCUCGCACUACCAUCAAUUUGGAUAAUAAGGAAAGCAAUGCGGACUCAAAAUUCUCCACAGCAACUCUUCAUACAACUAAAGUUCAUGUUAGCGCCACUUUAAAUUUGGAUAUUAUAAAAGGAUCAACACAAUCAACUUUGACAACAAAUUUGCCAUCAAGUUCAAUUACUACUCCAAUACCUUAUUUUUGCGGGGAUAUUUGCUCUGGAAAUUUCACAUGCUUGAAAUCCGAAUCAAAAGUGGUGGCCAUGAUGUCUACCAAAAGCUCCACUGCGGAUGGAAAGUUUAUUCAAUCAUGUGGCCAAAAGUAUUUUAUAAGCAGUUUGAAAUCGACGAUAUCUGAGGCGAAAACUGCUUGCUGCGCUUACAAUAUGCGUCUUUUAAAAUUAAACUCUAAUGAACAAAUGAAGUGUGUUGCAGGAAUUAAUGAUGAGAUAAAGCAAACAUCUGUAUCUUACUGGACGAGUGGUUUUGUGGACACUGAUUGCAGAUGCUGGUGUCCAGAUGAGAAGAACUAUUCAAUGGAAGUUGAAAAUUUAACUUGGCUUCAAACUAGCGCCAGCAACCCAGCCGCUGAUAAAUGCAUCACUUUUGCAAUGAACCAGGAUUUGGCCAAAAGCGGAUUGGAAUUUGCAAAUUGCGCCGAUCAACAUCCGUUUAUUUGUCAAUCUGUGGAAAUCACAUGCCCAAGCGCCAACUUGUACCUGAAAAAUAUAAGUUUAUUUGAAAGAGGCAAAAAUCUCAUAGGUUCGUCAACAAAUGGAUUUUGGGAAAACUCGGCUGAUUCAACAUUUCUUUUUGGAAACACAUUGAUGACGUGGUAUGAGAUAUGGACGCAUUGUGCAAAAUUUAAAAUGACUCCCCUGAGUUUGCCUACCGAAAAUGACCUUAAUUUUGUGAAGGGACUAUUAAAAGAUUGGAGGUACAAUUACAACUAUUGGACGGCAGGGACAAGACUCGAUUUUCCAGAGGCUGCUCCCAUUUGGUGUCCAAAUCGUGAAGAUUUAACAAAUUUUGAUAAUAACAAAUUUACUGGAAACGGAAAUGCCACGAUGAUCGGAGAAUUUGAUUGUGUUAGUUUUCAAAUUAAAAAGGCAACUAAAAAUACGUCCAACGAGUAUUUGGCUACUUUGAAUAUGAUGAAUUGCAGUCGGCGACAAUUGUUCGCUUGCAAGGGACCAAAAACUACAAACACGUGCGUCAAAUCAGUUUGUCCAAUACACUUCUUGAAAAAUAGCAGCCUAUUCAACAAUGUCUCUGGGAAUUUGGAAAGGGCCGACCUGUAUGGCGAAUGGCAGGCAAAAUGCAACAAAGUUUUCAUUUUUGGCAGUCCAAUUACAAAUCGCUCAACCGUUGACGCAAAACUCACAUGGGAAGAGGCGCGUAAAAAGUGUGAGAGCAUCAAUUUCCGUUUGAUUACAUUCAAUUCUCGGGCCGAUUUCGAUUGUUUGGUCAACGUGUCGCAGAAAAAUCUUGGGCCCUUCUGGACGUCCGGGGCUUACUUUGACUGUCCGGAAAGUCAGAAGUAUUCGUGGUGCGGGGCCACAAAAGGGGACGUGAACUUGACGGAAAUGGUGUGGGGUCAACAAGGGCCACCUGAGGGAAAGGUCAAUAGUUGCAUAGCGGGUGUCCUAGAUUUGGACAAAGGAGUUCAAUUACAGACUCUCGACUGCGACGCGAACAUAUCUUACGUCUGCGAGGCCAUGGACACUAAAGGCAAGAGUUUGGCCGAGGCAAAGAGUGAAGAAUGCAAAUUGAUUUUCAACGUGUCUAGUUCGGACUUGGCCUCAAUUUUCAGCAAUUUAAAUUUUUCAAUAAAUAUAAGGUGCUACAUAAAAUGCAUGGGGGAUAGCUUGGAACUUGUCAACAUAAAUGGAAGCUUCGUUGAUUUGCAAAUUAUAAAGUAUAUUGAAGCGUCAAUGGAGAGUGAGGAACAAACCGGAAACAGUUUUGACGUUUUUGAAGUCUGCAAAAAUCCCAACACAGACCUUGGUGUAUGUGAGUCAGCGGCACAGACUUUCAAAUGUGCAGCGGAAAAGGCACCGGACGCGAUGAUAAAAAUGGUUGAUGAUGCGGCUGCAGAUAUGGAGUCUGCACCACCCGUUGGACCGUUGCAGAACUUGUGUCCAUACAAUUUGACCAACUGCAUUCCAGAUCCUGUCAAGAUAUCUCAAGUGAAGAGUAACACCCCUCCGUCUGGUAUGCAUUAUUUUGUGACGGCAUGCGGUGCAAAAUAUAUUUUAUCCUCUGAAUGGACUGACAUUGCGGGUGCAAUACAAAAGUGUUGUGAAAUGGGAAUGGUUUCUGCUUCAUUCAUAAGCCAUCAGCAAUUUAAGUGUUUUAUAGACGCAGAUGCUGCUUUGAAUAUUCAAAAGUUUGGCACUGAAUAUUCUGUGGGGGCCUUCAGUGCCGGGAACAUUCCGAUUUUCAGUUGGUGUCCUACGAAGCUGAAGGUUGAUGAUUCAUUCAAAUGGAUAAAAUCGGCCAAUUAUGAUUCGGAUGUGUUCCAAUGCGCAAAUCUUCAAUUGGGCGCUGGUGGUGUCUUUGAAGAUUAUUUGAUGGCAACCCCAUGUCACGCAGACCAAGGAAGGCAGCUUCAAUACAUUUGCAUGUUACAAUAAACAGAAAAACAUGAUUGAAAGUCAAUUAAUAAAGUUCUAAGUUUUGAUUAA